AUGGUUCGAAGUCUCGCUAUUCCAAAAACAUUGACGACCUUUCCCCGAAUCUAUCUAUCCACAAAGAUUCAAACGUCAAACCUCCAACCAUUUACAGAUCACGAACUGACCAACCGUUGGAAUAUCUAUGAUAGCGACUUCAAUUCCGAAUCUUUCUACACCUCUCUUCUUGAUAGAUCAACUUGCAGGAGACAUCUCCAUCAAAUUCAUUCCCGGAUAAUUGUAAAUGGGUUUCAGUGCAAUGGGUUCAUUGUCACGAAAUUCAUCCAUAUCAGCUCUAAUCUAGGGGAGAUAUCAUAUGCACGCAAGCUGUUUGAUAAAUUUCCUGAACCAUAUGUGUUUCUAUGGAACGCCAUGAUUCGGGGAUAUUCCAAGCAAAACAUGUUUAAAGAAGCUAUUACGUUAUACACCCAAAUGCAAAAGGUAGGUGUUGGGCCAGAUUGCUUCACACUGCCUCAUGUACUUAAGGCGUGUGGAGGAGCUGCUGCCUUGAAAGUUGGUAAGGCUGUACAUGGGCAGAUCUUCAGGCGUGGGUUUGAAGCAGAUGUGUUUGUGCAGAAUGGGGUUGUGGCUGUAUAUGCUAAGUGUGGUAGAAUUGAUAAUGCUAGAAUUGUCUUUGAAGGGUUGGGUGAUAGGACAAUUGUAUCAUGGACUAGCAUCAUUUCAGCUUAUGCUCAAAAUGGACAACCAGUUGAAGCUCUAAGAAUCUUUAAAACAAUGAGGAGUUAUGGUAUGCAACCAGAUUGGAUUACUUUAGUUAGUGUUAUCAGUGCCUAUACUGACAUAGAAGAUUUGGGACAAGGGAAAUCUUUUCACUCUUGUGUGAUCAAAAUGGGACUUGAAUUUGAACCCGACUUACGGAUAGCUCUCACUACUUUAUAUGCAAAAUGUGGGCAUGUUAUGAUUGCAAAAUCACUAUUUGAUGAAAUGGAGAUAUCUAAUGUGAUUAUGUGGAACACCAUGAUUUCUGGCUUUGCAAAAAACGGUUACUCCAACGAAGCUAUAACACUUUUCCAAAAAAUGUUGUCAAAAAAGUUAACACCAGAUUCUGUAACAGUCUGCUCUACAAUCUUGGCUUGUGCCCAUUUGGGAUCACUUGAAGAAGCAAGAAAGAUGGGUGAAUACAUUGACAAAAGUAACUAUAAAUUCGAUGUAUUUGUCAACACAGCACUUAUUGACAUGUAUGCAAAAUGUGGAAGCAUACACUUAGCCCGAAAAGUUUUUGAUGAAACAAAAACCAAAGACAUUGUUGUUUGGAGUGCCAUGAUUGUUGGAUAUGGCUUACAUGGGAAGGCACAAGAAGCCAUAAAUCUUUUCCACUUGAUGAAACAAGCUAAUAUGAGUCCAAAUGAUGUCACCUUCAUUGGGCUUCUUACAUCAUGCAAUCAUGCAGGACUUGUAGAAGAAGGUUGGGGAAUAUUCAACAGUAUGAAAGACUAUGGUAUUGUGCCACGUCAUCAACAUUACGCGUGUGUUGUAGAUCUUUUAGGUCGUGCAGGGUGUUUAGACAAAGCUUAUGAGUUUAUAACAAACAUGCCAAUAAAACCUGGUGUGUCAAUAUGGGGAGCACUUUUGAGUGCGAGUAGGAUCUAUCGCCAUGUGGCAUUAGGAGAAUAUUCUGCUGAGCAGCUUUUCUCAGUAGACCCUUACAAUACAGGACAUUAUGUACAGCUGUCAAAUCUCUAUGCUUCAGUGUAUAUGUGGAGUGGUGUAGCUAGGGUUCGUGUAUUGAUGAAGGAGAGAGGAUUGAGUAAAGACAUGGGGUGUAGUAUGAUAGAGAUUGAAGGGAAGCUUCAUGUUUUUCGUAUGGGGGAUAGAUCGCAUCCAAGAUCGGAUGAAAUAUUUGAGGAGCAUAAGAGGUUGGAUAGGAGAUUGAAAGAGGCUGGAUUUGUUGCAGAUAUGGAGUCUGUUUUACAUGACUUGAGUUAUGAAGACAUGGAGGAGAGUUUGUGGAAUCAUAGUGAAAGAUUGGCAAUUGCUUAUGGGAUUAUUAGUACUCCUUUUGGAACUACACUUAGGAUAACUAAAAAUUUACGUGCAUGUGUGAAUUGUCAUGCUGCUAUUAAACUGAUUUCAAGACUUGAAAAGAGGGAGAUAGUUGUUAGGGAUGCUAAUCGGUUUCAUCAUUUGAAGGAUGGAGAGUGUUCUUGUGGAGAUUAUUGGUGA